AUGCCUGCUCCAUCUAAUGCCGCGGCUGAUGGAGCCCUCGGCGCCUUACUCCGCCAAGUCGCCGACGAUGCAGACGGCAUGAACGGCGCUCCUCGCAGCGCUGUCCACGGCCAUGGACGAAGCAAUGGUGGCGGCGAUCGCUCGGCGGCUGCUCUUGCUGCCGCCUCGCAGUUUCUCGCCGAUGGCCUCCAGCAGCAAGCCAGCAAGCCGGCGGGUCAAAGACCGCUCAAUGGUAACGAUGGCUCUCACAGCGAAGAGACCAUAGCGCAUGCUCUCAAUCGACUCCUCAUUUCUGGUGUCGUCGUCCCGCUCAUACAAGUGCCUUCCAGCUUGCAAGAUACGGAAUCACAACAGGCUCCUGCUAGCAUCAGCAUCCGUCAGGCACUCGAUACCCUCUCUCGUUCCCUCACUACAUCUCCCAAAUAUCUCGAACACCUCUUCGAGUCCAACAACGAACAGGCAUCUGCCACCGCUUCGACUAGUGCAGUGACGCUGGACAUGGCCAACACCACUUUCGACGUAUGGGCAGCACCACGCUUGCUGUGUGCAGCUGCUUCCCUGCUCUCAGACAGUCGCUCUCCGCGGGCAGUCAAAGAGCCAUCGUACGCGCAGAAGUGUGUAAAUCUCUCCUCGCAAAUCAUGAAACACCUGGAGCAAGUGCUGUCUACCUCUAUCGAAGCCGUUGGUCAGAUCGACAACGUCCGACUUAUCCUUGCAGAAUUCCUUUGCACCUCGGUCCAUGCCCUGGCACGGACGGGCCAUACCUCGUUCAGCCCACAUGCCCGACUCCCUGACUUUGUCAUCCCUUCUGUAGACUUUGCUGCAUCGCAUCAAGGUCUAUCACGCUCUGCACCACCAACAGUCACCUUCUUCCGCACCUUUCUCUCUGACGCUUCUUUCCGUCUCACUUCCCGCAAAGAUCGUCCAAAACCCAGCGGCAAAGGUCUCGCUGCCUUGUCAUCGCUACAAAUGGAUGCUGCAGUCUCAUACCCGCUCGGUCUUGCACCAACAGCUUCGAAUUCGAGUCCAACUGACGAUGCUUUCACUGCCAACGUAAACGAUCGAGCCAGCGCGCUCUUCCUCUCGGCGAUUGGCCUCUGUCUCCGUCUUGCAGCCAAGUUCCCAACCUAUGUGUUGGAUCUGGCAGAUCACGCCAUGCUGCUGUUCACCGAGCAUCUCCAACAUCAAUGGACCUGUGCAAAGCAAAAACACCCUCAGCCCUCUUUGCACAUGCCUUCAGCUCCUCAAUCCUACACCAUCCUCGCUGAGCACACCAGCUUUCUCGCCGAGUGCUAUCCCAGCAGUCUAGCCAAGUGCCUGCAAGUAGCCGCUGACCACAUGUCAUCCCUAGCAGAUGUGCUGCAUCAACUCAACGCCGCCGAUGACGAAGACAAGCGUCUCAAAGCGUCGCAUGCCCUUUCAGCGCUAGGCACAUGCUUCACUGCAUGUGCUCUCGACACGCCGACACAGCGACAAGGCGAGCUGGCAGUCGUUCUCCAGCCAUAUCUCACUCUUCUUGCCAGCCAAGUUCGGUCUAGUGCAGAUGACUCUACCGUGUCCUCAGACGAACCCCAGGAGGAGGCAUCAAGAUGCUUCCUUUCGGCAUCCGUCUUCGCAAUCACUUCGAGCGGCCGCCGCACCGAGCCGUCGUUCUUGCAGGAGCUCGAGGAGCAGCUCUCCGAACUUAUCGAGAGAUCUGACAAGCUCGUCGAGCAAAACUCAAAUCUAUCUGACAAAGCAUCGGUGCCGAGAAUCCAGCAUCUGCUUCGACAUCUUCGUAGCUCUGUGACAACCCCCCAAGGAAAGCCGCAUCAGGUUUCAGCCGAGAUGGGGUCCCGUAUUCGGGAUCUGAAGCGACGCAAGAUCGGUCAUGCAAAGGAUCCGAGCAAAGCGCUGGGCGUGAUCGACACGCUGCUGCCCCUUCAACCUGCCCAGCAAGGGUCAGACUACACGGACGAGUUGACACGACGUCGUCUCAUAAUGCGAUCUUGUCAUCAUACCAGCAAGACAGACCAGACGUUGAAAUUCAAGGAAGAGACCGGUCGAUGCAUGUGCGAUUCCGUAAAUGCUACCGACAUCAGUGUCAACAACGACAGCUUUGGAGUGGUUGACAAGCUCCAUCAAGCCGAUCCUCAGGCGUCUGCUGCGCUAUGGAAAGAUGUCCACAGUGCUGUCAAGACUUCCCGUCUCGUUUCAUCUCGAACCAUCGACAUGUUACGUCGAUGUGUUGCGCACUCCUCGCCUACAUCGUCACUGCCGUACAACGGAGAACGGAAUGUUAUCAACAUCUUGUCGUUCUCGCUCCGAUCAAAAUCUCGAAGCUCCCGGCUUGCUGCCAACCAGCUUGCCUUCGCCUACCAAACCCGCCUACUGCAGCAGCGAGAUGCAAGUAACGAGGAAGAGUGGAUCGCACGCUUCGGUCAGGUGCCUCGAACCUACGAAGACAUCCUUGCUGAUCCCACCGUAUCUUCUUGCCAUGAGACUGCUUUGAUCGGGCUGACCUCGCUCUUCGACCUCCCUGUCGAGAGCUGUCAGGAGACUUGCCUGCUCACGCUUGUGCUGCACCUCGGUCACUCUAACCCAUUCAUCAAGGCCUGCGCAUACACUCAGAUUGUACAGAUUGCCUCCGCUCACCGCUGCACUACAUUCCAGCUUGUCCAAAAGCAUUUCGAAAAGGUGUCGACAUCCAUCGUUGAGCGCUUCAUCUCCAUGCCGGAUCUGUGGACCAGCUUCCUCAGCCUGAUCAAGAUGAAUCAGGCCACUUUCUUCAAUCUCACCAAGGAGUAUACACUGCCUCACCUCAUCACCAUGAUCUGCUCCGGGCCUGGCACGGCAGAAGUCGGCACCAAGAUGAUUGAGCUCAUCGCCAGGGCUCUCGGGACGGAUGUACCACGCCUCUGUCACGACAACAUCACGCCCAUCUUCCGAUCCUUCUUCAUGCGAUCCGCCAACCUGCGUGACUUGGGUUUGAGUACGCUGGUGCAGCUGAUCGGUGUCGAUGCUGCCAGUCUCAAGGUGCUUCUACGCAGUCGCCAGUCUGAUGUGGUGGGCUACCUUGUGGUAAAGCUCGGCAAUCGAGCCACGCGAAUGGAAGCUUACGCUGGUCUCGAGUUCAUCAUCGAGACCAGCAACGGUACAUCCGCUGCUUCCAGAUCAAAAGACCCUCUACUUCGCAAGUCCAAGGUGGCAGCUUUCCUCAAGGGCGAGAUUCUCGCCGUUUUGACUUGGAUCAAUCAGGAGCUUUCGGGCGAGCAUGGAAGAAGAACCGUCACUGACCUUGCGUUUGCACUGCGCAGUAUUGGUGCACUCGUCGAGAUCAUCGGCCCACCCAUCAGUGCUGUCACACCUCAAAUCAUGGCAACCCUCAACAGCCAUUUGCGGCCAGACUCGCUUAGCCUAGCAACCCUCGAAAGCUGGAAGAUCUUCAUCACCACAUUACGCUUCGACGACAUAGGUCCUUUUGUCGGCCAAACUGCAGCAGCACUGCUUUCCGCAUGGGACCGCUUCAACCUGGAGAGGAAAAGGAUCGCCAUCUCGAUCUUGCAUUACCUGAUCGUCGAGAACGCUGCCUACCUCAAGGACUUCAUCGACGAUAUCCCAAGUCUUGACCGCCUCGACGCGGAGAUCCCUGACAUCUGUCGUGGUCUUCGUGGUGUACGAGAGACGUGGAAUAACGAUCGACGCUUCCGUAACAUCCUCGAUCGCUCAGCCCACGAGAACACAUCCAUCUGCAACGAGUCGCUCAGGGAGCUGCAAGCUUUCCUGUUGGAGGAGCGGGCGUACAUCGAAGCUUUGACAUCAGGUGAUUCGUUCAGCCCUCUGAUCGGACAAUGCAUUCGUACACUGAUGCACGUCGCAGCCCGUAGCGAUGCUCAACACGGCGACAUUCGAGACCUCAGCUUUGGCUGCUUUGGUCUUAUUGGCGCCGUCGAUCCUGAUCGUAUCGAGCAUGCGGUCGAAGAGCCGCUCAAGAUUGUGCUCAGCAACUUCGAAGACAAAGAAGAAGCGAGCGACUUUUCGCUGCACCUCAUCCGUGACUUGCUAGUGCCGGCUUUCCGAGCUGCUACCGAUACAACACAGCAAAAUGGACUAGCCUACGCCAUCCAAGAGCUUCUCAAGGUCGCUGGUUUCACCAGUGCAAUGCUCAACACAGGAUCAACCGCGCGACCGGUCAGCAUCAAGACUCGGCAGCGCUUGGCAGAUUUGCCACAGGAUGUCAUCGAUACCAUCACUCCGCUGCUCGACUCGAGGUACGGCGCACAGGUCGGCAGGCCGAGUGUCCGCGAAACUCCCAUCUACAUGCAUUCACGAUCGUACAGCGAUUGGCUGCAGAGCUGGACAAGUCGGCUCAUCACCAAAACCGUGGAACGAUCCGAGGCAGCUGCAGCGGCUGCUUCCCUCGCUGCUGGUGCUGGAGGAGCAGGGAAGACUGCUGUAGGUGCAGCUGCUACCAUCUUUGGCGUCUUUCGCGUCGCCAUCCGUUCGCACGAUGUCGGCAUUGCGCGCCACUUGCUGCCACAUCUAGUCCUGCAUUCGAUCAUCUCUGGCGACUCGAUGGACCGCGAAGCAAUUGUCGACGAGAUCCAGACGGUCCUGUGCGAUCAAGUCGAAAGCCAGACCGACUACGAAGCGGAAAGGAAGCUGCUGACUGCACAGACGCUUUUCACCAUCAUGGACCACAUUGGUGUGUGGAUGCGACGCAAGCGACAAGACCUGGCGCGCACAUCUCAUCGACCUCGAGUGUUUCAAGGCGGUGAGGAUGUGCUGGUCGAAGUCGAGUCCAUCAUGCGACCCAUCUCUCAAGAGCUUCUCGCCCAAGCCUCGCUGCAGUGCAAAGCUUACUCACGAGCACUUCUCAACUUUGAGCUGCGUGUCCGCUCGAUGCGUGCCCAAGGUAAAGGCGAUCCCGAUCUUCAAGGCUACUACGAAAACAUGCACAGGAUCUAUGCGCAUCUCGACGAGCCUGACGGCAUGGAAGGUAUUUCGACCCGAGUCAUCUCUCCUUCGCUCGAGCAUCAGAUUCGCGAACACGAGAGUACAGGUCGAUGGACCUCGGCACAGAGUUGUUGGGAAGUAGAGCUUCAGCAGCGACCUGACGAUCCGGAUCUGCAUCUCGGCCUACUGCGCUGCCUUCGCAACUUGGGCCACUACGACACGAUGCGCACGCAUAUUCGCGGCGCACUGAGCGCUCACCCCGAAUGGGAAGACCUGCUGGAUGCUUUCCGUGUCGAGGGCGCAUGCAUUCUCGGCGACUGGAGCGAGGUGGAGUCUCGCACCAAACAAAGUCAAGCCAAGAGCCCAGAGCACUCCAUCGGUCGUGCUCUGCUAGCUAUGCGUCAAGCCGAUUCCGAGAUGUUUGGUCAGGUGAUGGUGCAAGCACGUCAAGAUCUGGGCAAGCCGUUGGUCGCUGCCGGCAAAGCCUCGUAUCCUUCUAUUUACGGAUCGGUGCUUCACCUUCACAUGCUUCAAGAGCUGGAGAUGAUCCGAUCCCAUGCAAGAACGCAUGCAGGCGAUCGAAUCGGCGCUCUUACAAGGGCAAACGCCUCUGACACAGUGUCAGACCUGAAUCGAUCCCUGGCUGCCCGACUUAAUGCCACUUUGCCUUCGUUCCGAACGCAGGAGCCGCUGCUGAGCUUGAGAAGGACUGCAUUUGCUGCACUGCCAUCUUCACUUGGUGCCGGUGCGAGCAACGAUGUGGGUGAAGCUUGGAUUGCUACUGCCAAGAUCGCACGCCGUGCAGGUCACAUGCAGACGGCAUACUCUGCCACCUUGCAAGCCACUCAGAACCAAGCCACUUUUGCUUUCGUUCAGCGUGUCAAGUUGCUGGCGAAAGAGGAGCAGACGCAUGCAGCCAUCCGCGACCUGGUCAACUCGCUCAACACACUGGUCAGCACCUUCAAACCUGAACAGCUGGGCGAGAUGGGCAAGACAGGUCCCAUCGAGCUGAAGCAGACCGAUACAGAAGGACGGAUGUUGCGUGUUGACCGCGCUGCCUAUGCCAAAGCCUGUUUGCUACGAGCACGACUGCAAGACUCGACCUUCCGAUACACAGCUGGCGAGAUCCUCGAUCGGUACAAGGAAGCAGCCAAGGAACAGCACAACUCGGAAAAGAUGUGGUAUCAUCUUGGCCACUUCCAAGACACGCACGAGGGACUUCUGCCCAACAUGACAUUGCAACGCUACAAUGUCUGUCGAGCCUUCUUGCGCUCGGCACAGGUGGGCACCAAGUUUUUCUACCGAACGCUUCCGAGAGUGUUGACCAUCUGGAUGGACCUCGCUGCCGACCCCCAGAUCCUUACACACAGUAACAACAAGACCAACACGAAGGACACAGAGCUGCUGCAAAAACUGGAAGCCUUUUCACAAUUGAACUCACUGAUGAGGAAAUUCAGUCGACGACUUAAGGCGUUUCAGUGGCUGGCCGUGUUCCCACAGCUGGUGGCGCGAAUCGUGCAGAAGAACGAGGAGGCGUGGUCGGUGCUGCAGGAUGUGAUCUUACAGGUGCUGCUGGCGUAUCCACAGCAAGCAAUGUGGUCAAUGGUCGCCGGUGCCAGCUCGAAGGAUGCAGAAAGGAAGAAACGUUACACAGAGAUCAUCCAACGACUUAGCGCCCGGAGUGGAUCGACCCACAAAGAGGUCGUCAAGGUGGUCUCGUCGUCACAGCGUCUAGCUAAGGAGCUCUUGAGGCUCUGCGACUACAAUGUGGGCAAGAACGAGACGACACUGAGCGCGGAGAAGCUGUUCCCAGGAUUGUUGGAGGUGGCCAACACGUCAGAGUUGCUGCUACCGUUGCAGAGCUCGAUGACGGUGCUUCUGCCAUCCAACCAUCUGAUCUCGGAAGUGCACCGACCGUUCCCGUCCAAUUUGCCAACAAUCCACUCGUUCGAAGACCAGAUCGAAGUGAUGAACAGUCUGCAAAAGCCACGCAAGAUGAUGAUCAUUGGUAACGACGGCAACCGCUACCCUUUCCUGUGCAAACCAAAAGACGAUCUGCGUAAAGAUGCACGACUGAUGGAGUUCGACUCGAUGAUCAACAAGCUGUUGCAGAGUCAACCCGAGUCGCGCAAGAGGAAGCUGUACGUGCGAACGUAUGCGGUGCUCAUUCUUAAUGAGGAGCAUGGACUGAUCGAAUGGGUGCCUCACACGGUGGGUUUCCGGCACAUUCUGACCAAGCUGUACGGCGGUAAAGGGAUGCAGAUCUACUCAUCGGAGGUCAGGGCACACAUGGACGAAGCACGGAUGUCGCUUGAUCCACGGACCACGGAGAAGGUGUUUCAGGAGAAGGUGUUGGCCAAGUUCCAGCCGGUAUUCCACGAAUGGUUCCUAGCUACAUUCCCUGACCCGACAGCGUGGUUGCAAGCUCGAUCGGCGUAUGCUCGAACUGCAGCAGUCAUGUCGAUGGUGGGCUUUGUGCUAGGUCUGGGAGAUCGACACGGAGAAAACAUUCUGUUUGACUCGAACAGCGGUGAUACAGUGCAUGUUGAUCUGAACUGUCUGUUCGACAAGGGACAACGAUUCGAGAUCCCUGAACGGGUGCCGUUCCGACUGACGCAGAACAUGGUGGAUGCAAUGGGUGUCACUGGAUGCGACGACGUGUUCCGCAAGAGUGCCGAGAUCACGAUGAGUAUCCUACGCGACAAUCGAGAUUCGCUCAUGAGUGUAUUGGAGGCGAUGGUGCACGAUCCAUUGGGAGAAUGGAGUGUCCCGGAGGAUCGACAUCGGUCGAAGAGCUCGAAUAAGAAGUCGGCGGACCCACGUGUUGCGGAGGCGAGACGCGCGCUCGAUCCCGUCGCGAACAAGUUGGACGGAAGGAUAUAUCGACUUGGAUGCCGCGAGCCUACACCGCCCUACUCAACCAACAAUCUGGUCGAUGCGCUGAUCAAGGAGGCCACCAGCCCGCUCAACUUGGCAAAGAUGUAUAUCGGUUGGAGCAGUUGGCUUUAG